AUGGACGUCUGUCUGUGGCUGGGCGCAGAGGAGGGAGUUUGCACUAUCACGCACACAACGACAGAGAAGAAGACUGCAGCAACGGCGUUUACAACAACCAGAAAAGGACUCGCACCAAUGAAGCGGGGAGGGAACGCUGUGCGGCUGGUUCUUUUGGCGCUUGUGGUGACUGUGAUGGUGAGUUUUUUUGCACCGCACGCCAUGGCCCAAGAUGUGAAAAUGGAACAAUCUAUGGAACUUGACGUGAAAACAUUUCACGGUGUUGUGGACAAUCCAUCGAAGCAUGUCUUUGUUCUCUUUUACGCCCCAUGGUGCGGCCACUGCCACCGCCUUAUCCCCAAAUGGGAGGAAUUGGCAGCUGAAGUGAAGGAAAUGAAAGACGUUGUCAUUGCCCACAUUGACGCAUCCAAGCACAGCGAGAUUGGAGGAGAGUACAACGUGCGUGGAUUCCCGACGCUGCGGCUUUUUACAAAGGGAAACAAGGAGGGCUUACCGUAUCAGGGUCCGCGCGACGUGUCUGCGUUGAGGAGUUUCCUCAAGAGCGCCAUUUAG